AAGAAGAGCCUUUAGCUUUAAGCCCCAACAAUCCUUACAUUAAAAAUAAAAAUUACAAAAUAACUGUGGAAACAGCAACAACUGAACCAUUUACAAUUGGUAUAGAAUUAGAUAAAGAUACAAAAAUGGAGCCAGUAAUCUCUGAGACAGAGAUUACAAUUAUCAGCUCAAAUACUAACCAAAUAUCCGAAGUUUCUUAA